AUGUUAAUAGCUGGUGCAGUAAAAUUGGAAAAUUUGGUGUUAAUCGCAAGAAGAUUGCAGCCGAGAAUUGAGAAGAAUCGCGCAGAUUCGAAUCGACGCACCAUGCUUUUUACGUCUAAAUUAUUGCGAAAUAGCGAGAACGGACCGCCACGAUUCAAACAAAAUCAGCGAGUUGUUCAUGAAGUGUUCUUAAAUGAUAAAGCCACAUUUAAAUGUACAGCUUUAGCAAGGCCCGCUCCAAAGAUACAUUGGUAUAGAAAUGGAGAGUUUCUUAACUAUACAAUGCUUUCCGAAAAUGAAAGACUGCGUGAAAAUAAAAAACAUUUUUCGCUUGAAAUCAAACGAGUGGAAGUAGGCGAUCAGGGAUCAUGGGCUUGUAAAGUAUGGAACCAAGCAGGAUCGAUAUUUCGCAAUUUCACACUGGAAAUUAUAGAUUUUUGCGAUUAUUUCUUGGUACACGAAUAUCCAGCCAAAAAUGUGCCAAAGAAGUGUAUUUGUUUAUGGUAUUUGAUUAAUGAAUAUCGUAAAGAAGGCAUAGAAUGGGAUAAAAUUAAUGAUGAUGAAUGUGAAUCUUACAAAAAGUAUGCAACAAUGGUACGCAAGCCAUUCGGAAAGAAAUUAUGUGCAAAUGGGAUUUGUAUGCCAAAUGCCACUAUCAAUGAAUAUACUGCAAUAACGAUGUCGAUUCCAACGAACAAUAAUACCAUUUUGCAUGAUCCUAUACAGAUUAAUUUUUUGCAUGAUUCCAGCAGCAUGCAAUCGAUGCAUGCUGAAAAUGAUCCAAUGAAACUUUUCGAUUGGCUGACAAGGAAUCAUAUGGCAGAUAUAAGCCACAUAUUGCCAAAUGUUUUACCUCCAGGAAAACUUGAAGAGUUCAAGCCCUAUCUCACAGAUUGGAAUUCUUUAAACGAUGCUGCUAAGCACUUAAGAGUGAAAAAAAUAUUACGACAGAUAUUUCCAGAAAAAGAAGGUAUGAAUAAUACAAAAAUAGUGCACAAAGAUGAGCUCAUGCAGGAUCAGCCCCGACCCGAUUUCGAAAGAUCUUUUGCAACAAAUUCAACAAUUAAAUUUGAAAUUUCCGUUCCGGUAACACGAAAUGUUGUGACGACAACGAUACGUCCAAAUCGGCUCAGUUUUCCGCCACAAAAAGUUCCACCAUAUUUCAAAGUUCGCGAUGAAGAUGCAGCAACUUCUGUGAUCACUCCAUCAGGACGUACGAUAAAAUUGCAAUGCAAAGCUGGAGGACAACCAGAGCCUCAGGUAAUAUGGUUCAAUAAUAAGAAAAAAGUUAUAACAACAGAAGUUCGACGGUCGAUGGGCUCAGAAUUUCGUUUACGAAAGAACACUUUGGAAAUAGAAGAUGUCGCAGAAUCUGACUCAGGAGAAUAUACCUGCGAGGCAUUCAAUUCAGCUGGUUCUGUUACUCGUACUUUUAAACUAAGGGUUGUCGAUAGAAUGCGAUCGAAGCCUAUUAUAGUACCAAAUAUCUUAGUGAAUCAAACAGUUGACGCGAAUAGUACAGUGAAUUUCACUUGCAAAGUCAUAUCGGAUUUAACGCCACAUAUAGUAUGGAUGCGAAUUGAAUUAACAAAUGAUUCAAUUUAUUAUUGGAAUGAAACUGACCAUAAAUAUAUAUUCAAAUAUACGGAUAUGCAGACUGUCGGGAACGCAAUUAUAACAAAAACGUCGCAAGACUCAUCGACACUGACAAUAAAAAAUGUGACAUUAGCUGAUCAAGGAAUGUAUGCUUGUGUUUCAGGCAAUCACUUGGGCCAUGCGAUUGCAAAUGCGACUCUUACUGUGAAUGAGUUCCAUGCAAUGACGUUAGCAACUGGCAAUCCUGAAUCGGAAUGGUCGACAAGUUCAAUUGUUGCCUUUAGCCUUCUAAUUUUAUUAUUGGUCACAAUGUUGGUUGCAGUUAUUUUUUACGUAUUUCGAGUGCGAAAUUUGUCGAAAGCACAGAUCGCACAAAUGGAACAAUACAUUGGACCCGUUAAGAAAAGAGUUAUAAUAACAAGAAGAUUUGUGGAUCCAGAAGAGACGGACGGUUGGUCCGAUAUGCCUUCAACAUAUCAAAUCCAUAUAGAACCUAUUGCUUCCUCAGGACUUCGACGACCACGAUUAUCCAGUGAAUUAACCUUGUUGACAGAUUACGAAAUUCCACCAGAUCCUGCAUGGGAAGUAGAUCGAUCAAGGCUUCGUUUCGUAAAUAUGUUGGGAGAAGGAGCUUUUGGUGAAGUUUGGCGUGCACAACUUAAAAUGAAUUGUGAACCAAAUACAUAUAAUGAAACUGAAAGAACAACUGAAAUUCCAGUUGCUGUAAAAAAAUUGAAAGCAUCAGCACACGAAAAAGAAUUAAUUGAUCUAGUAAGCGAGAUGGAAACAUUCAAACGCAUUGGAAAUCACGAGAAUUUACUUCGUUUAAUUGGUUGCUGCACUGGUACGGGGCCACUUUAUGUUAUACUGGAAUUAUGCAAGCAUGGAAAUCUAAGGGAUUUUUUACGUGCACAUCGACCUAACGACAGUGAAAACGCUUCACGAGACCAAUAUUCUCCAGGUCUAACAAGCGAUCAAUAUCUGGAACCGCGUAAAAUAGAAUUAAACCAUGUAUCAAAUGAAGACAAACCAGUUUUGAUCAAACAUCUUACACAGCGUCAUCUUGUCCAGUUUGCAUGGCAAGUAGCUAAAGGAAUGGAAUUCAUGGCGAGCCGAAAGAUAAUCCAUAGAGAUUUAGCAGCACGCAAUGUUCUUGUCGCUGACGGUUUUAUUAUGAAAAUAUCGGAUUUUGGCUUGUCACGAGAUGUUCAUUACAAUGAUUAUUAUCGUAAAAAGGGUAACGGCAGAUUACCUAUUAAAUGGAUGGCUCUUGAAGCGCUCGAUUCGCAUGUUUACACAAUAUGGAGUGAUGUAUGGUCCUUUGGAAUAUUGUUGUGGGAAAUAAUGACUCUUGGCGGAACGCCGUAUCCAUCGAUUGCAAUGCAACAAUUGUAUUCGUGCUUAAAAGAAGGCUAUCGAAUGGAAUCACCAGACAAUUGUCCAGAAGAAAUAUAUGAUGUAAUGGUUGCGUGUUGGCAGGAGAAACCGGAAAAUCGGCCAAGUUUUAACGUUCUUGUUGAUUAUUUUGAUUGGAUUUUAACACAAUCAGCUCAUGAAAAUGAGAAUUAUUUGGAAUUAGAAUCAAUGACAAGUGAAGCCGGGGAACAACUGAACAAUGUAGCUCCUCCGCCACCUCUAGAAAAUUCCGGAAGUUUGCUUGCACGCAGAAAAAUUCGACCAUUGUCGGAGCCUAUUUUUAUCGCCAAUGAGCCAAUAGAAAACUCUGAUUGGGAUCGAUUUGAAAAUGAUUCAACGCCUUUAUUAAGACAUGGCCGGCCAGUACUCUUAGCGCAUCAAGUGGAUUCCGAUUCUGAGUUUGCUUAUAUCAGAAGUUCUAAGAUGGACAAAGCAGAUUCGAUAAAAACCCCAUUCUAUCGUGAUGUGAAUAAAAGUAGCGUAGCAACGAUGUCAACUGAUAGUGCAAUUGGCUCACCACUUUGGCCACCGGCAACAAACUCAUCAAUGGUUUUCGACACAACAAACACUUGUGACUUAUCAAAUGAUAUCAUGCAAACCAUGGAAGAUUAUCCAAAGGCAAGAUUUGUAGAAGACAAUGAUAAUGAUGAAGAGUUGCUUGACAAGUAUGACGGCGAAUUAAACCACUAUGUGAAUACUAGAAACAGUGAAAAGCUAAAAGAUAGGUCAUUGUUAUCAAGGUUUUCUUUUCCAACUCAUCGGUAUUCACGUUUUUCCGGUUUGUCGAUAGGCGAACCAAACACAGUUCAAUUAACAACAUUGAACGCUUCAAAAUCGAACGAACAUAGAUCAUUAAUUGGCUUUCGAGAUGCAGAUUUAACUGCCGCAGUUCGAAGCGAUGAUAGAAGAAAAUCAGGAAUGGAACGAGUGAAUAACGAUGGAUCAAGGCAGAGACGCUAUUCUCUAGACUCGACCUCAAGUGGACGAGGUGGAUCAUCGACUAUGUCCAGUGCAGAAGGUAUCGGAGGAAUAGCAGAUUUAUGCAAAAUUGAAUUCGUCGAUUCUAAAUCAAAUAUUGGCAAUUAUUUUAAUAGUAAAUGA